GUCGUCGAGAAUAAACAAUAUUAUUAUGCUCUCAAGACUGAGAAAAUCAUUCCUAAUCGACGCUCAAAUGCAAUAUGAUCGACAUUUGAGUUUGUUGUCUCGAAUAUCCUGAAUGGCAGUUCUUCGGCAGUUAGACACGUUAUACGAGGGGGCGGAUCCCUUUUCGGUUUAAAAUUUUUUUUCCAUAUCGAGACAGACAAUGUGGAAGUGGUAGAUAAAUUUGAACACAGUCAAACUAGGUCUGGGUCUCGGCGCUCUGUAUGCUGGUUAUAAAUUACUGAGACCAUUAGUGGACCUUGCAGUGCAAAAUGCUCUUGGUGGCAACCACGAUGGUCAAGAUCCUCCUGACGUUAAACCUGGAUCUUUGCGUGUUGUGUUACAUUGUUUCACAGACAUCAGGUUUCUGGAAGUCUUAGAGGAUUAUGAAUCAGGAAGAAUUAAGGAACGCUUGCAAGAAGAGUUUUCCAAAGUUGGAAUUAAAGUGGAAGGACUGAAGGUGAAGAUUGAAAACAUUGAGGAGGUGAAUGAAACAAAGGAAGUAAUUAUGAAGAGGUCCCGGACCAAGAAUAUUUCUGUUAGCGACAUCAAAAGUCUUGUUAUUAGUGAUGUGGAGGAUGGUAAUAAAGAUAAAGAGGCUAAAUUACAAACAGAAAUGGUUAAACGUGAUUCACAACUGGCAUCUAAACAAAAAGCUCUUGAAAUUAGUCUAAAGCAAUACGGAGAAGAUCAUCCCGACACAGCUAACAGUUACAGCAGCAUUGGAUGCACACAAAAUGCGAUGAAAGAUUUCAAGUCAGCAUUAGUUUCACAUCAAAAAGCUCUUCACAUCAGAUUGAAACUAUAUGGAGAAGAUCAUCCCGACACAGCUAGCAGUUACCACAACAUUGGAUACGCACAAAAUGAGAUGAAAGAUUUCAAGUCAGGAUUAGUUUCACAUGAAAAAGCUCUUCACAUCAGAUUGAAACUAUUUGGAAAAGAUCAUCCCGACACAGCUGACAGUUACAACGAGAUUGGAUAUGCACAACAUGAAUUAAAAGAUUUUAAGUCAGGAUUAGUUUCACUUCAAAAAGCUCUUCACAUCAGAUUGAAACUAUAUGGAGAAGAUCAUCCCAACACAGCCAGCAGCUACAACAACAUUGGAUACGCACAAAAUGAGAUGAAAGAUUUCAAGUCAGGAUUAGUUUCACAUCAAAAAGCUCUUCACAUCAGAUUGAAACUAUAUGGAGAAGAUCAUUCCGACACAGCUAACAGUUACAACGAGAUUGGAUAUGCACAACAUGAAUGA